UGUUUUAAACUUUAUAUUUUUUUAAGCUUGACUUAUUAGGCAGCUGUGAGAUCAACUGACCGUCUAAUCAAUACUGAUCAGCACAUCCUGCUCAAAAGUGAUCAGACCUGCAGAAACGAUCAUGCACGUGAGGUCGGUUCCAUUGAGCGAGAGCGCGUUGACCGCCAGGGGGCGCUGCAGCUCCGCGACCCGGUCAGACAGCUCCGCGGCGGAGCUCACGCCUCCAGGCUGAGACUGAAACCUGACCCGCCUCGGUCCUUCCUCCCCCCGGCUCCUCUCAGCCUCCCCCUCCUCUCCAGGGGAAGCGCGCGCUGCCAGAGCAGGCGGAGUCGGAAACGCGCAGCAGCGUCGGUCCGUCGUGUCUGCGGCUCCGCAGCGUCUUCGCUCCUUUUCGGCUGUUGGAUCCUCCGGAGCCGCUUUCUUAUCGCCUGCGGGAAAAAGCGGCGGACAAUCGGGCUCGCGGGGCGGACGGCUCAGGCGGGCAGCGCAGCAGAGACAGACCCGGCUCGGUUCUUCUGUCCCUCCCCCCGCUGCGGUGGAAAAACCCGGACGGAGGCCCGCAGUGUGCGCUCAGCCUCCCGCAGGCCUCCGGCCCGGACUCCCGCUUUUCUCCAGGAAAAUGGACGGAUUCACCGGCAGUUUAGACGACAGCAUGUCUGCUGCGAGUGUCUCUGAUGUCAACGACCGUCUUUCUGCUCUGGAGCUUCGUGUCCAGCAGCAGGAGGACGAGCUGACGGUGAUGAAGGCUGCUCUCGCCGACGUCCUUCGUCGCCUCGCUGCUUCUGAGGACUCUGCUGCCGCUGCGACCAAGAAGCAGCACGGAGGAAAAGGUGGAGCCGCGAUGCGUGAAGCUUACUCCAUGUCCUGCAUCACUAACGGGGGAACAUCUGGACGGAAAAGGGACUCCACCUCCGUCACCAGGAAGGAGACGGUGUCCUCCGCCGCCAAGAGUGGAGCAGAUAAGAAGAAGGAGGUCAGCAGUCAGCGGUCACAGAUGGAGGAGAUCCAGGAGCGCGAGGAACCUCCUCCCUCAAAGGACUCAUCUUCCUGUCCUUCCUCUCCUCAGCCCCCCCAGAACCCUCAGACCCCCCAGAGACUGGCCCAGUCCUCCGACAGCAGCAAAGGCCACGCCCCUCCAAAAAGGGGCCCGAGUGUAAAGCGAUCCUCAGGUAUGGAACGAUCUCAGAGCAGCACCUGGGAGAGUUCCGAGGAAAACCGGAACAAACUGGUUAAAGCUGCUUCCACCUCCAAACUGCUCUCCAAGGUGGCGAAGAACGCUGACAGACACAAAGAGCCUGUGGUCAGCCAAGCCAAAAUAUCGACCAGAGAGAAAAACAGCCAAGCAGAGGGGAAUCACAUCAAGAUGUUCAUGCGCGGUCGACCCAUCACCAUGUUCAUCCCUGCAGACGUGGACAACUACGAGGACGUGCGGACAGAACUUCCCUCAGAAAGACUCAAGCUGGAGUGGGUGUACGGUUACCGCGGCAGAGACUGCCGGGCCAACGUCUGCCUCCUGCCCACCGGAGAGAUCGUCUACUUCAUCGCGUCGGUCGUGGUUCUCUUUAACUACGAGGAACGGACUCAGAGACAUUACCUCGGACACACCGACUGCGUCAAGUGUCUGGCCAUCCAUCCCGAUAAGAUCCGGAUCGCCACGGGACAGAUCGCAGGAGUGGACAAAGACGGACGGGCGCUGCAGCCUCAUGUUCGUGUCUGGGACAGCGUCAGUCUGUCCACCCUGCAAGUCAUCGGGUUGGGAACUUUUGAACGAGGUGUCGGAUCUCUGGCUUUCUCCAAAUCUGACUCUGGUCACUACCUGAGUGUGAUCGAUGACUGUAACGACCACAUGCUGACCGUCUGGGAAUGGCAGAAGAAGUCCAAGCUCGCUGAGAUCAAGACCACAAAUGAGGUGGUUCUUGCCGUGGAGUUCCACCCCACAGACUCAAACACCAUUGUCACCUGUGGAAAGUCCCACAUCUUCUUCUGGACCUGGAACGGGCCCUCACUGGCCCGAAAACAGGGAAUCUUUGGGAAAUACGAGAAGCCAAAGUUCAUCCAGUGUCUGGCCUUCCUGAGUACUGGAGACAUCCUGACCGGAGACUCUGGAGGAGUUCUGCUCAUCUGGACCAGGAGCACAGCAGAGACCCCACCUGGAAAGGGACCGAGAGCCUUUCAGAUUAUCCGGCAGGUCAAAGGUCACGAGGGAAGUGUUUUCUGCAUGUGUGAGAUGAGAAGCGGCACUCUGCUGACCGGAGGAGGAAAAGACCGAAAAAUCAUCCUGUGGGACCACGAGCUGCGAGCAGACCGAGACAUUGAGGUUCCAGAUCAGUACGGAACCAUCAGAGCAGUUUCUGAGGGAAAAGGAGACGAGUUUCUGGUCGGGACGUCUCGUAACUUCAUCCUGAGAGGAACCUUUAAUGAUGGAUUCAUGGUGGCGGUGCAGGGACACACAGACGAGCUGUGGGGUUUGGCCUCUCACCCGUCCAGACAGCUGUUCUUGACGUGUGCUCAGGACCGAAUGGUCUGUCUCUGGAACUCCUUGGAUCACAGCCUGCAGUGGAGUCGCAUGCUGGAGGAACAUGGACACUGUGCAGACUUCCAUCCCAGUGGGGCUGUGGUUGCCAUAGGAACACACAUUGGAAAGUGGUUUGUUCUAGAUGCUGAAACCACGGAUCUGGUCGGGAUCCACACCGACGGGAACGAGCAGCUGUCAGUGAUGCGUUUCUCUGUAGACGGCAGCCUGCUGGCCGUCGGAUCCCACGAUAACUUUAUUUACCUCUACACCGUCUCCGAGCGAGGACGCAAGUACAGCCGAAAUGGAAAGUGCACGGGACAUUCCAGCUACAUCACACACCUGGACUGGUCACCUGACAACAACUUCAUCAUGUCCAACUCUGGAGACUACGAGAUCCUCUACUGGGAUGUUCCAAACGGAUGCAAGCUGAUCCGGAACCGUUCGGAGUGUAAAGACAUCGACUGGGCCACGUACACCUGCGUACUAGGAUACCACGUGUUCGGUGUUUGGCCGGAGGGCUCAGACGGCACCGACAUCAACGCUCUGAUGAGAUCUCACAACCGGAAGGUGAUCGCGUUGGCUGACGACUUCUGUAAAGUUCACCUGUUCGCCUACCCCUGCUCCACCCCCAAGGCUCCCAGCCAUAAAUACAGCGCCCACAGCAGUCAUGUGACCAACGUCAGCUUCCUGUUUAACGACAGCCACCUGAUCUCGACCGGAGGAAAAGACACGAGCAUCAUGCAGUGGCGCAUGGUCGAGAAGUCUUCUCUCUCUCUCGGUGAUGGCCUCAUCUCUAACUCCGCCUCCCGCAGAGCCAACUCUGUCGUCACCACAUCAACUCCCUCAUCAACCACGCCCACUCCCACGGUAACCACGCCCACUCCAUCAGCAAACACGCCCAUACCAGAGCCAAACCCUCCCCUGACUGCCAAUGGGACACAGGAACCUUUCCCUGAGAUCCCGCCCCCCAUAGAGCUAAUCCCGCCCACUUCUGAGCUGACCCCACCCUGCUCCGAGUCAACUCCUCCCCCCUCAGACAGCACAGUCAGUCUAAAGGACAGUCUCGAGCCGAGUGACGAUACAGCUACGCCCAGCGACGAGGGGCUGCCCCCCUUGACCCCACCCUCAUAGGAAGAGUGUGUGUGUGUUCUUGUCCAGCUGUCUUUGUGGGGACCAGGCCAUUUAUGGGCGAAGUGAGGACAUUUUGGGUUCUUGUUUUGGUUCACACUUAGUUUCAAUGAUUCAGAUUCAGAUUACUUUACGAUUGGGCAUGUGAUGACGAGGGAUGGUUAUUACGUCAGAUGGAUGUCCUUAUCUUUGAAGUCCAGUCCUCAUAAAUCCACUUUUAAGCCAGUGAAAGACCACAGACUUCACGCCAUAGUUUUACUGUUUUUAAGUUUUAUUGAUUAAUAAUCAGCUUCUAACAAAGAAUUUUCCUUAUUUUAAUGAGACACUUGACUAAACAACAGCAAAUAGAGUCAAGAAUUAUCUGUGGUUAAUGAUGCGAUGGUGGCUCGUGGUUUCAUCCUGUUAAUAUGGAGUCACAAUGUUUGGAGUUCCAUCAUUUAUCUCAGAAAUCAGUGUUUCAGAUAAAAGUUCCCCUGAAUUGAAAAAAAAAUGUAUUUCAUAUUUUAAAAUGUGAAAAUGGAUUUUACAUACAGAUGGAAGAUGGGUCACAAAGUUUUGAUCUUGUUUUCAGGAACAGGGGGGCAGCAGAGAGUCUGAGACGUAUGAACGAGCUGUAAAUAAUCAAACAGUAAAAUGUCUUCAGUGAGUGAAGGAUGCGACGGGAAGUUUUACAGGAACUUUUGGGGGUAAUAUCUUUUAUAGCUAAUGGUUUUAGUAAUAAACAACCAAAUUUUUUUGAUUGAGAUGUAUCUCAAUAAUUUCCUAUUGACAAAAUAUACUGUAUUCAUUAAUUGGCUCCAAAUAAAAAUUCACUUUAAAAGGCCCCCAGUGAAGAAACCGUUCAACAGGACACCCAUAAACAUGGAUUUUGUCUAAAAUAAAUUGGCUAUAAAUUUAGAGAAAAUAUAUAUGGUUGAAAAAUUAUUUUGAAGGUCUUCAGAUUUGAGACAGGAAGUAGAGGGGAAGUAAACAGGAAGUGUGGAACUCCAAGUUGUCCUUCAGAUUAAAAGCUGUGACUGACAUGUUAUUGUUUGUACUUUGACUGCAGAGUUAUCAGAGUGAGACAUCUUUGUAAUUUAGGAUCUUUGCAGCAGCUGUUUGUAUAUACUGCAGAUACCUGUCUGUAUAUUUCUGUUCAACUUUAGAGGGCAGCAGCUCCUCAACAACACUGUAAAAAACAAAAAACCUUGGCCACCGUCAUGUUCAACUCACCUCUCUAGUCCAGUCAUGUGACAGGAAAUGUGACAUCUUUUAUUCUGAUUGGUUGGUGACUUUCUGAAUGACUGUUGGUGAUGUUUUAGUCUCUUCUGGACCAUUUCUACUCAAACAUUUUUUCGAAUGUCUGGAUGAUGAUGUCGCUCUGGGGAGGGGUCUUUCAGAGGUGGGGGGUUGGUUUGAAUAGGGUGGGUGGGUUGGGGGUGGUUCAUGCUGUUGCCUUUUUAAUACUCAACUUCAUGUUUUCUAUGCUUGUCUCUCUAAAGGGCUUGUGCUAGUUCAGGAACUUACCUGGAUGUUCAGGGAGGGGCGGGGCCAUAUGAUAUGUGGAUGGAGUGGGGUUAGGAUGUGGAUUAGAUGGGGUCUUGGGGAGUUUCUGGAUUAAAGUGUUCAUUAUCAGUGUUCAGUACCGACACUGACACUCAUGCUGAUGAUGAUUUUCAUGUGACUGUUUUGAGCCAAUCAUGUCUUCUUAAAUGCAUUCCUGUCGGAUGACAGACUGUACUGAAGAUUUAAACAAGAAUACAAAUAAAUAAUGAGAAAAUGACGAC